CCCCCCCAAAAAAAACAACACCAUGGCCACUCCAUUAGAUCAAGUGAGACAAGCAUUAUUGGAUUCUCGGUUAAGCAAAGAUACCCAAGUUUCAUUUGGCAACAGUUUAAGCAUUAUCCGUAUUUUACUUGACAAUGGUUGUUGCGCUCGUUGUUGUCUUCGUUACUUGGGCUGCACCGAUUUCCGACUUUACGCACUGGACGAAACCGACUUGUUCAACUACUUUGAUACUUUAUAUACAGAAAAAGGCAAUAUGGAAUCCUUGACACCACCCAACGGUAUCUGUACCGCUUGUCUUGGUGCCAUUCAACAUGCCGAUUCCUUUGUCGACGACGUAUGUGAGCGCUUGGCUAAAGAGGAUUAUAAAGCUGACAGCGUUUGUUUGACAUGUACUUUACCUGUCAGUAUCUUAUCCCGAGAUCAUCUCAUGAAGGUCCAUGUACUCAACACUUUAGCUGCUCAAAAUGAAGUGGAUUUGGUGCGUAUCUGGGGUGGAGAUAAAGAUGUGCGUGAUCCCAAGGAUUUUUUCAAGUACUUGUUUGGUUUGGGACUUACAAAAAAGACUCACUUGAUGUUGGAUAGCGAUGCCCCAUUGCGUAUGAAUGUUGUGGUCGGUCAUGAACCUACUUCCAAAGAGCAUUUGUUCUUGACCGAAUUAAAAGAACCUUUAUUAAAUGUCAGAACCAUGCGUCAAAAGAAAAUUAGAGUGACAGUAGGUGAUUCAAGAUCCUGCAUUGUUGAAGCUCUCAAGAAAUUAGACAGCAAUGAAGCCAAAGAAGUGACAGCAAUUCCACCCGUUCGACCUACAGAAAAAGCAAAAUUCCACACGGUAGACUUACUUCAUGUAUCAUCGCAUGUGGGCGGUAGAUACCUCAAAUUCUCUCGAGAAUACAGUCAGACUCCUUGGGCUAUCAAGGGACAAAAGUUGGCAGAACAUUCAGUCUCGGACUGUUUUGAGGAUUUGAUCCGUAAAUACCAUCGUGCUGACAGUACCAAGUUUGUCACGGCAGGUCGUGAAGAUGCUAACGUACGCAUGUUGGGUACAGGCAGACCCUUUUAUUUAGAAAUCAUCAACCCAAGAACACCUCGAUUAACCGAUGCAGAAUACAAAGCCAUGGAAGAUGAGAUUAAUAGUAAUCCCAUUCAUAAAGACAACGUCCAAGUGAGACAUUUAGGAUUUAUCAACCCUGCGGAUACAAGCAUUAUCAAGGAAGGAGAAGAGACCAAGACAAAGCGAUACAGAGCCCUUGUUUGGCUUUCAGAACCUUUAACGGAUGACUUGAUUGAACGUAUCAACCGUAUUGGAUCACAAGAAUUCACCAUUCAACAAAAGACACCUGUCCGUGUUUUCCAAAGAAGAUCAGCUGCCAUUCGACCUAAAAUUAUUCAUACCUCCACCAUUGCACGACUGAAUCCCAAUGUGGAUUUAUCCAGCCCUGAAGCGUGUUACGGUGUAUUGAAAUUACAUACACAGGCAGGUACCUAUAUCAAGGAAUACGUUCAUGGUGAUCUCGGUCGAACCUUGCCUAAUUUAGCUUCGGUCGGAGAGAUUCAUUCGGCUGAUCUGUUGGAAUUAGACGUGAUGGAUGUGGAUUUGGUUUGGCCUCCUGUGGCUGUUGAAACUGAAGCUGUUCCCAUGGUCAUUGAUGAAUCCAACGAAAAUAAUAAGCGUGCUCAUACCAAUGUUUUAUAGAAUAAGAAUAAUAAUAAUAAAAAAGUAAUAGUAAAACAGUAAAAAAAAAAAAAAAAAGUGACUUUGUUACAAGAAUUUAAAAGAGAU